AGUAAAAAUAAGGUUAAAACGUUUGCCGAUAUAUUUUCAACCGGAAGUAGUUUGCGUGUCAGAGGAUGAGCACAUUGUUUCUCGGCGGUACAAUCUGUUUUACGCUCAGUAACGGUAAUGAAUGAAGUUUUACUCUAAUAAGACAUCUUGCGCACACUUUGUGUAAACACACGUUGCUACACAGAGAAACCGAGUGACUGCGACGUUAUUCUGUGGACAAUCUAAUACGAGAACGUCUUCGUAUUUGAGUUCAUAGACCAGGACAGAGAUGGCUGGAAUUCUGUUUGAGGACAUCUUUGAUGUAAAGGACAUUGAUCCCGAUGGCAAGAAGUUUGACAGAGUAUCUCGUCUACAUUGUGAAAGUGAAUCUUUUAAGAUGGACCUUAUCUUGGAUGUGAACAUUCAGAUCUAUCCUGUUGAUCUUGGUGACAAGUUCAGACUGGUUAUUGCCAGCACGUUAUAUGAAGAUGGAACGCCAGAUGACGGAGAGUACAAUCCUCAGGAUGACCGGCCAUCUAGGGCGGACCAGUUUGAUUAUGUGAUGUAUGGGAAGGUUUACAAGAUAGAGGGCGAUGAGACUUCAACAGAAGCAGCCACACGCCUCUCUGCCUACGUGUCUUACGGUGGCCUUCUCAUGAGGCUGCAGGGAGAUGCCAACAACCUUCACGGCUUUGAGGUGGACUCCAGGGUCUACCUCCUCAUGAAGAAACUGGCCUUCUAAAACCCAACUCUGCCUGCCCACUUACCCUGGUUCUUCCACUGCCACAGUCAACUUUAAAGUCAUAAUGAACUGCAUACUGAAAACAUUUGUACUCCCAAGUCGGAGCACAUGGCCAUUAUCCAAGAGCAGCUCACAGACAUAACACAUGGAUGCUGAAGAAAACAUAUUUAGUUUUUUUUUUUUUUUUUUUACUUUUGUAGUUACAAAAUGUUUCCUCCAAGGAGAUGGACUACAGAUUAAAGACUGUGACACAUAAGAACUGCUGCAACCUCCAUCUGCUGGCAAACUGUAAAUAAAGAUUUCUUUUAUUCAAAAUCA